CAGUUCUGUGUUAUGAGUUGUUGUAUCUUGCGGGAAAUUGGAAUUAUUGCGUUGCAUAGUAAUGUGUAUGACUGUCCAUCGCUACAUGUGUUAAGCUAACAGUCUGACGCAACAACAGAACAUACUUUCCAUUUAAUGUUGACUAUAAAAAUAUAGUUUCGUGCAAUGGCUACAAGUGUUAUCAAUAUUAAUAGUAUCUUGGAUUCUUCAUAACUGUCACAACACUUUUCGUUGUGCUUCGCGUAUUCUUCAGGAUUAACUGGAGUAUCAGUGAACCAAAAGAUUCAGUACCCAGGUACUUUAAAGGUCUAUCUCUCACUUACAUAAGCACAUGAAGGUGAAUAGACCUCAAAUUACGGUGGAAUACAUUGUCUGAUUUAGAUAUAUUCUACAGUGUCAUGGGAGUAUCCUAAGUUAUGAUAGUGUUUAUCUGGAUAACUUUGUCAUUCACGCUCAUGGGCUACAUCUUCUGCGUGUUUUUGAGUGUAUGGUGAUUGAAAGAACUCAGCCUACUGUUAAAAUGCUCAUCUUCAGCAAAGAGUAUUUAAGGCCGAAAAAGCGCGUGCAUGAGCCAACAGAUGCUUACUUCGAUCACACAAAGGUUACAAUUGGAAGUAGAUCUAACGAAGCUCUGCAAUCGAUAUUUGACUUACUACUUAAAGAGUACAUCGAAUUUUGGUAUAGACCGUUUACUUCAAACCCAGAUUUCAUGGUGCAGUUGAAAAUGUUUUUACAAUACGCUUGUGCUGUAAUUGUCCAAAGAGUUAAAGAUAUCGAUCUUUCGGAGUUCAUUGUUAACCGGUUUAUCCCACAUUUCUUCGACCAUAUUGUACAUAUUUUAUCACUUACUUGUUCUGAUAAGUUAUAUACUACCGGUGUUGGUGACACACACGAGGAAACUCGGACCAUGUUGAAGGAGAAUCAUUCCCGUAAAAGCCCGUUGAAAUCUUGUUCCGAAGAAGCUGUUUUGUGUGCUUUUGGAGACCGAUUACAUGCAGCUCUGUAUUCAAGACAAGCUGAAGUAAUGUAUUUACGUGCAGUGGUCAGCCGGUUAUUACCAGUUCUCGGCAUGCCGCCCAGUCUUUCAUCAUCAGAAAUUCAUAAAUCAAAAGAGCCUUCUGUUGAUCACGGUCAUCGCUUUCGACGUAAUCGUGUUAUGCACAACUCUCCCGGACAUGCGUAUGGUAGUUCAGAGCGUAGUCGUAAAUCACCUGUUGUUUCACGGAGUGCUUCAACUAGUGCGUUAUUUUUCCAGAAGUUUAUGGAACUGGGUUGUAAUCCAUCGUUGUCUAGUUUUUUAAUAGAAAUACUAUCUACUUGUGUUUUAUUGCCUGCUAUGGACAUUUUAGCGAAUUCUGAUUUUGUCAAUCAUUUGAUUCUACUAUGUUUUCCUGAAUGUACACCUGUUGAACCAUUAAUAAAACAUGACUGUCAACAUGUCCCAUUAUUGGAAACAUAUAUUCACGACUGGGAGAGAUGGCUAUCUAAAAAGCAAUCAACAGUUAUACAUAUUGAGAAGUUAUUAAACCAACAAGAUGAACUUUAUCCAUUUAUGCAAUACAUGAAAUCAGUUAAAUCUAUUGAACCUUUAACAAUUUUAUUGUUAAUGUAUCAAAUUAAUUCACGUGUCUUAAAAUCUAUGCCAUCAUCAGAUGCUUGUCAUGAAAUUAGUGCACAAUUACAUCAUAUUUUAAGUAUAUUAAAUGGUCAAAUGUUUAAUGAUAAUAACAAUGGGGAUGAUGUUGACAUUAAUCAUCAUCAGCAGCAGCAUCAUGAUGAUGAUGAUGAUGAUGAUGAUGAUCAUCAUCAUCAUCAUUCUAUUUAUCAAAUAUCUAAAAUGAUUACACAUAAUCAAUCCACUAAAACCUUACCUACAGUAAAUGGUAGACGUUUACAAUUUUUCAAUGUAUCUAAUGAAUUUGAAGAAUUAUUAAAAGUUUGUUUAAAGUAUUGUUCACCGGAGACAAUUAAUCAACUUGUUAAUACACCACAAUGGAAAGAAACCUAUCAGUCAGUUUGUAAGGCAGUUGAAUUACGAUUUAUACCAAUGUAUUUGGAAAGCCCGGAGUACAUAAAAUAUUCAUUUGGUUUUUCACAUUUUUCAACUUCAGUAUCAUCAUUAAAUAAGAUUGGAGUGUCUCCAAAACGCGAUAUUCGACGUUUAUCACAAAAUGUAGGAACAAGUCAACAACAAACUGGUCUAUUUGGAAAUGCUUUAAUGAAUGUAUUUGGUAGUCAAUAUACUGAUGGACAAUUUUUCGGGAAUCUGGACUCAUCCAAACUCUCAGUUUCGUCAAUGCGUCGUAAUCAAAAAGAUCGGUUUGGUAAUAUUCUCAAUGAUCAAACUAAUCGAUCUAAUCGAUAUUAUACUAAUACUGGCACUACUACUACUACUGCUGUCAACGACGAAUUACUUACAAAUCAACAUGUCAUCGGUAUAAAACAUUUACCGGAAACAACACAACAAUUAGAUUUAUCUCAAUGUAAUGUAUAUAUACGUGGUUUAUCACGUCCUGAAGUUGUAACUCAAUCGAAUAAUCGUCAUCCAUUAGGUUUAAUUACUACAUCCACCAUUAACCCACUUGUAUUAUCAUCAACAACAACACUUGGAAUAACGAAUUUACAUUCUAAUCAAACUAAUCAUUUACCAGCAUCAAUGAAUAGGAAUAUUUUAUCGAAUACUAUUAAUAAUAAUACUAUGACAACUCCAAUUUCAUCAUCUACAACAGCUGUACGUGAUAUAAGCUAUCGAAAUAAAAUAUCAAAUGAAUUAAAUAAUUUAAUUAAUCCAUCUAUAUAUAAUAAUUCAUUUGUUUCAUCAUCAUCAUUACCACAACUUUCAACACAGUUUAUGUUCAAUGUUAUUACUGAUAUUGUUAUCAAUGGAGUACGUAGACAAGUGGCUAAAGUAACAAGAAAAUAUUCUGAAUUCUAUGUACUUGAACAAAAAUUAAUUGAAUUUCAUGGUACAUUAAUAAUCAAACAAUUACCAAAACGUCAAUUAACCCCACGUACAAUGGAAUUUCUUGAAAGUAAAUGUGAUAUAUUUCAAAGUUAUUUACAGUAUUUGAUUGCUCAACCAUUCCUUCGGAAUAGCAAAUUAUUAUACAGCUUUUUAACAUCAAAUGAACCAUUCAAUACAAAUAUAUUUGAAUUGAAUUUAGGACGUUUAGUCAAAUCGGUUCCUUUAAAAUUAACCAAAGAGAAGGGUCAAUUCUUAGACAAUUUCCUAUCGGCUUACUUUGCAUCAUGUCAUCCACAACCUAUAGAAAGUGAUCUCAAUAAUUUGGAAAUGAUUAAAUUAAAAUCUUCAUCUGUUCAUUCUACAACUGAAACUGGUAGUUAUUCUACUUCUUUUAAUCCAUUAUUAAAUACUACUAAUAAUCAUAUAAGUAAUACUAAUAACGUUAUUGAUGAUACUACUUUUCAUUUUUCAACAACUUCAUCAACUAAUGUACUACAGGAUAGAAAUCUUAUACAUAAAUCAAAUUAUAAUAAUUUUAAAGUGGAUACAUAUCCUGUAGAGAAACAUAUUGAUUAUUAUAGUCGUUAUGUAUUAAAUUCACCGCAACAUAAACAUCAAAGUCGUACAAGUUUAGAUCAUCGUCUACGUUCACGUAUCUAUUGGAAUAAUGCGGGAUUAACGUAUGAAAAACAAAAGGAUACAAUAAAUCAGUCAUCUAACUUAUCAACAGUUCAUUUAACAAGUUUAUCUGAAAUCAUUUUAUAUUUUUUGGACAAAAUUAUCACAUUAUUAUCAACAUCAUAUUUUUCAAAUGAUAAGAAAUUCUCUCAUCAUUCAAAUCAUUCACAAUUAUCAUCUCAUGUUGAAAUGAUAUCAUCAUCAUCAUCAUCAUCAACAACAACAGCCGCCACCGCCACCACAUCAUCUUCAUCUAUUCAAAGGAUGAAUUCAUUACAAGAAAUCAAUAUAGAUAAUAUAAAAUCAUCAAUUGAUCCUUGGGAUAUUACUAAUCCAUAUUGGAAUGAAGCAUUUUUAAAUGGUCCAUCUUUAUCAAAUGUAAUGACUACUUCUCCUCCUCCUCCUUCUUCUCCAUCUUCUACUACUACUACUACCACUACUACUAAUAUGAAUCAUAUUCCUUCAAGAAGUCAUCAGUCGUCGUCGUCAUCCUCAUCAUCAUCGGAAACUAGACUAGAUCCUAUUCAAUCACAUUAUAUACCAAUAAUAUCUAUUAAUUUCAAAGAUAUUUAUGAUGCUAUUUAUGAAUUCUAUUUAUUUAUUAUAAAACAAUGUCAAUUCUAUUUCUAUUAUUUAAUUUAUAAAUUAAUUAUAAUUUUAUUUAUUUAUUUUAAAUCAUCAAUUAAUUAUUGGUUAAUGAAUUAUUUUAUACAAUCUAUUUAUGAAAUAUUUUCUGAUGAGAAUUUUGCACAUCUAUUAAAUAAUAUUAAAACGAGUAUAUUCUUUCAUUCUUCUAAAAAAAUCGAUAUGGAUAAGUCAAAACGUAAAGAAAAAGCGCGUAUUGCAAUUGAAAAAGCGAUUCUAAAUAUAACGGGUCUUUCAUAUUUCACUAAUUUAGAAAUUAUACAUGAUCAAUUAAAUCGAAUAUUUGAUUGUUUUCAAUAUUCUAAAUGGAAUAAACAAUUAACUUAUAUUCUAUUAGAUCAAUUCCUUUUAGAAUUAUUUCCGGAACUUCAUUUAAAUAAUACAAAUAAUAAUAAUGAUGAGAUGAAUACUAAUACUUCUCAUACUACUACUAAUACUACUCAUACUACUCAUAAUACUAACACUAAUGCUACUACUACUACUACUACUAAUGAUAAUAGUGAUAUGAUGCUUAGAGUAUGA